UGCUUCACACCUGCAGCUUUUCCUUUCAUAUAGAUUGAGAUUGAGGCUUUUCUGUGUGUCUGUUGGUGGUGUUUGUCGCAGAGCCGGCUCCGCCCAGGUCUCUGUACGCCGUAAACGCCACGCACUCAUCUGCGACUCUGCUGUGGACCGAGGAGGGGGUGGUCGACUACUACCAGGUCCUCUGCAAACCCAGCAAACCCAGCAAGGAGUUCAAGGCCCGGGAGCCUCAGACGGCCAACUCUCAUGUGGUGACGGUGUCUGGUUUGAUGCCUUCAUCCACCUACAACUGCACCGUCACCAGCUUCAGCUACAGUACGCCCAGCAAGCCUGCACACAUUACCAUCACCACUGUCGCUAAAGAGAUGAACCCGAGCGUAGCAGCGAUCUCGGCUCUGGCUGUCCUCAGCAUCCUGCUCAUCAGCCUGCUGGUUCUGUUUCUGCUGGUCCUCCGCAAGAAGCAUCUGCAGAUGAGCAGAGAUUGUGGUGCAGAGACUUUUGUCAAUUUUGCUUCGUUUGAAAGAGACGGAAAACUUCCCUAUAACUGGCGAAGAAGCCUCUUUGCCUUCCUUACCCUACUGCCAUCCUGCCUUUGGACUGACUAUCUUUUGGCUUUUUAUAUUAAUCCUUGGAGCAAGACAGCGUUAAAGAAACGGAAGCUAACAAGUCCUGUGCAGCUGGACGACUUCGACACAUACUUCAAAGAAAUGAGCAAAGACUCGGCCUACAAGUUCUCUCUGCAGUUUGAGGAGCUGAAGAGUGUCGGUCUGGAUCUUUCCCAUGAUGCAGCAGACAUGCCCGUCAACAGGCCGAAGAACAGAUACACCAACAUCCUCCCCUAUGACUUCAGUCGGGUGAAGCUGAUCUCGAUGCACAACGACGAAGGUUCAGACUACAUUAAUGCCAACUACAUACCAGGCUACAAACACGCUAAAGAGUACAUCGCCACUCAGGGGCCGCUGCCCGAAACCCGCAAUGACUUCUGGAAGAUGGUUCUGCAGCAGAAAUCUCCCAUCAUCGUCAUGCUCACACAGUGUAACGAACGGCGGAGGGUGAAGUGUGAUCACUACUGGCCAUUCACAGAUGAGCCUGUGAUGUAUGGAGAGAUCAGUGUUGAGAUGCUGUCUGAAUCUGAGUCUCCAGAGUGGACCAUCAGGAAGUUCAGACUGGGAUAUGCUGAUGAGAGUCAGGACGUCCUCCACCUGAACUACACCUCGUGGCCGGAUCACGGCGUCCCCACUGUCAACGCCAUUGAAAGCAUCCUGCAGUUUGUCCACAUCGUCCGUCAGCAGGCCAACAGGACCAAAGACCCCAUCAUAGUCCACUGCAGUGCUGGAGUCGGCCGGACGGGGACGUUCAUCGCUCUGGAUCGUCUGAUGCAGCACAUCAGAGAACACGAGUUUGCAGACAUCCUGGGCAUGGUGUCGGAGAUGCGAUCACACCGUCUGUCCAUGGUCCAGACUGAGGAGCAGUACGUGUUCAUCCAUCAGUGCAUCCUGCUGAUGUGGCAGAAGAAGAAGCAGCAGUCCAUCACCUCUGACGUCAUCUACGAGAACGCCAGCAAGACAUAAUGAUGGAGGCUCCUCCAGACGCUGCAAACUCACCCAACCUCCUGUGCUUCAGGCAUCCAUUCUCUGCAGAAGAAGAUCCGCUUCAUCAUCAGUGUCUAAAAACAAACAGCAGAACAUCUCGACGGCACAAGAAAAAAAAUCCAGUUUUUUUUGUUGAAUUGGUGUUAAAGCAUGGAUGGAGAUUUGCCUUAAGGAGCCUUCACUGACUGACCAACAUGUUGAACCACAGCCUGCCCUCUGAAUUGGACUGAUUCACGUCAACGUGGGGUGGGUGGAGCCGGAGGAGCGUUAACGAGCUCCGUCCUGCGAUUGGAUGUCUACACUGCGUCCGUCCUCGUUCGGACGACGUGAGGCGACGAGUCGGUGGAACUGAGUCAGCAGUUUUUCAUUUGAUUUGUUUUUAAUCUCAGGAGUAGCUGAAAAACCAGCAAGCACACUGGCCUCUUCUUCCACUUCCGACGUCAUGUAUCAUUCGUUAGUUUUUAGUGUUUUGCAUCGUUAAAAGUGUUCACCUCUCCGCAGCGUGCAGCUUUCCUGGCUUUUUAUGACGCAGGAGUCGUAGAUCGCAACGUGACGCACUGCCAGACAAAGCGAACAGAACGGGACUAUAACAUGUGAAGUAUUACAAACACAACUGCUCUAACAUGCUAACUAACUGCCAGGACUGCUGCACAGACGAUUUGCACCGGAAGAACCCAGCAAGCAUUCGACGAAGGAGCCAGUUUUGGAAAAUGAGCACAAAAUUUGUGUUUCGGCCUGUUGAAGCUGAUUUUUAAUUGAUUAGUUAACGAACAGUCGUCAUGCUGGAGGAACUUAACGUUUCUGUCCCGGUUGAGCUCCGUCAAAACUUAUUUGUGUCGCCUCGUUGAAAAAUGAGCACAUUUGUGCUGCUGUUCCCGAUUUCAGCUUCAACACUUCAAAGAAAGUUUCAGCAGAAAAGGAUUUUGGUACUAAUUUCACUAAAUGCUGCUGGACUACUUACGACGUCCGAACUUUUUACUCCGUCUGUGAAAUCCACCUUUAAACGUCUGAAUGUUUGCUGGGUCUGCACAAGAACUAAAGGGCACAAAAGCAGUCGAAGGGGCCGAACGCCUUUCUGUGGAAACACGAGUGCCUCACAUCGCUGUCCCGAUGCUGUCGGGCGCGUCGAGGCCGGUUUAGAGACCGUGGUCGUAGAGCUGUAGUUUGUAUUUGCACUGAGGCCUCGGCGCCGCCCGACCUGCCGACAGAAGAAGGGAAGACUUCCUGCCGCUGCUGCUUCUGACCCGGCAGGACUCACUCUGCCGCGACGCUCGGUACUCGCCCGUCUUUCUGACGGAGGAUCUCCGUCUGAAGAUUAACUUUCGACCAGCGGAGAGGUUUUCACCCUCGGAGGGUUGCGAUCUCAUCGGCUGCAGCAGCGCUGUGGAGACAAACAGCAGAAAAAUGGAUCAUCGCUGACAGUAUCUGAAGACAGAAGAGAGGCUGCCAAAACCACCACGAAAUGAAAUCAAGAUCUGGAGUUUCCCUUCAGAGCCCGUCUGAGGCCACAGGCACCAUUUCAGUAUCUUUCUUCCAUGAAAUGAUCAACACAGAAAGCUGCAACUGUAAUUCAUGAGAGAAAAACUGCCCUGAAACGUAACCGAGCCUCAAGAGCAAACACAGAAAACAGUUUGUUAUAGUUGCCCAAAGUUUGGCCUUUGGUACAGAACUGUGGAUUCUUUUAUUAAUCCCCAAAUUUUGUCAAAAAUAUCCACUGAGGUCAGAGCCGAAGCCCAAAGGUUUUAGAUUAUAGAGCCCAAAUUUAAUAGAACAUUUGGGACAGCAACCCAAAUACCAAGAAACAGAGCUUAGAUCACAAACGUUUCGAAAGGAAUUUCUAAAUUUGUGUCAGAAAAUUUGGUAUUCAAGUAUAAAUUUUACUUAAAUGCCAAAGCGUGAAAUGAACAUGAGGCUAAACUUUAAACAGAUUUCCAUUGGAAGAGUUUGGUUUUACAUCCUUAUGAUUUUACUAUUAUAACUAUUAAAAUUUGGCAAAGUGCCCCAAAGAUUCAUACACAUGCAGUUUGGUUACCACCCAAAAAUUUUUGUUUUAUCUCAAAAUCUGACGCAAAUCUGUUCUGAUCGCAGAACGUGGUUUAACAUUCCCAAAGAUCACGUUCUCAAAGUUCUCCUCCUCAUUCUCCUCCAUUAUCUGCUCUACUUCCAUUUACUGUCAAUCAUUUUUGUGAUUUGGGUUCAUUUAGGGAUAAAAUGACCAAAAUGACAGAAAGAUGUUUUGAAACUUUUGGCGUUAACAGAAUCAGUGAAAACAUUAAAAACUUAAAAUCAUUGAAGAAGUGAACGCUGUGGCUCGGCUGCGUAUCUGUCUUCAACACAACGAUCAAAUCUUUUCCUGCAGCAUCGCGUUCGUUAUCAGAUCAACAGUUUUUUCUGUCUUUGUACUGAAGGACAACAGAAAGCGUUUGUCUCUUCCUUCUGACUGUAGAGAAAGUCUUCGCAGCAGGUGAGCGGUCGACCUCGACUUUUACACUCAGUUCAGGAUGUGAAAGGUGUCGUCAGAAUAACAGCCGAGAGCCGAGCGGCUUCUUUUCUCUGACACGUUAAAGCUCCAGUAAAAUAUUCACUCUGAUUUUAACUGUUUCUACAUCGGUUCUGCCAGUGGGAGGGAAUAAAACACCAAAAAGCAACAAGCGAUCAAGGUUUGUUUUUUUUUUUAAUCUCGUCAGCCGCAUGCAAAUUUUACCUUUAAAAAAAACAAAAUUAAACGUAUACACAAUAAAAACUCAUCACAUUCAGAUUCACCACAGCUUUAAUUACAGCCAGGGAAAGUUUUCAUCUUGUUACUAAUUUGGAAAAAAAAAACUUUUGGAUUCCUACUUUAGUUUUCAUUUUAACAUCAAAAUUUGAUCCAGCGCCCAAAAAACGUACUAAAAGGAAAAGCUGCUUCUGACGGCUGUUUCUGUUAUUUUGACCACACCUUGUAUCCGAUUUGUAAAAAGAAAAAAAAGGAAAAAUCCAUGAAUGUGUGUAAAAAGGCCGUUGGACACUAAAAUGAUCCGUCAUUGUGGCCUUGUGGUUGGGACACCUGAAGUCUUUACCUGUUGGUCGGUUCGGUCGCCACUCGAUCUGAAAUAGGUUCCAUUUCACUGUUAGAUAUCAGAUGUACUGUACAUACUACUACUGCUUAACUAUUCUGUUUCUACUCGUCAUUACAGAGUAAUUCUUGUGGAAAUGUUGCUUUAGAGGUUUGUUUUUGAAAAGUUGUUGUAUAUGUGAAUCAUUACCUGAGCCAGAAGUCCUCUCAUCACUACGACAGUUGGCUUUUCGGACGUUUGGGGGUUCGGCUGUCGGGAAAACGUCGCGUGGACUCGCUUCGGUACGACUGUCAAACAAAAUGUCCAAGACAAACAGUGAAAGUAUGAAAGCUCAGCACUGUACACUCUUCUACAAUUCUUUCUCUUGCUUAGUGUGUGUCCAGUCCAACUUGUACGUCAUUGGUGCCAUUCUCGUGCAUUGUGUCACUUAAAAUUUGAGGGAUGAUCGUGAACUCGGAUCAUUGUCACAGAGUUUUAAUGUGUGUGUGUUGGAAUAAAAUAAAAUGUU